UCACCCACGAAUAAGGCGCACUGCAAGGCCCAGGCAGUGUGAAGUAUGGCGGUGUGUGUGAGGAAAUCUGCUCAUGAGAUUGAUGUCAGAACAAGAACAGAUGAUGUCCUUUCGUCCGGUGGAGUGGAGUUCAGCUCCUUACUGCUUUCUAAAGCGGUUCUGGAGGGUUUAGCAGCCUCCGGCUUUCAGAGACCUUCCCCAAUCCAGCUGAAGGCGAUUCCACUGGGGCGCUGUGGACUGGAUCUUAUAAUUCAGGCUAAAUCUGGCACAGGAAAGACCUGUGUUUUUUCCACCAUUGCCCUGGACUCCCUGGUACUAGAAAAUGCUGCCACUCAGGUUCUUGUUUUGGCUCCAACCAGAGAGAUUGCUGUGCAGAUUCACUCAGUGGUGAUGGCCAUAGGCAGUGCCAUGGAGAGGCUGGAGUGCCACGUGUUUAUUGGUGGACGACCAGUGAGUCAGGACAAACUCCAUCUAAAGAAAUGUCAUAUUGCUAUUGGAUCACCAGGUCGUAUAAAGCAGCUGAUUGAGCUAGGAGCUCUGAUGACUGCGAGUAUCCGUCUGUUUGUUCUGGAUGAAGCGGAUAAACUGCUGGAGGAGGGCAGCUUCCAGGAACAGAUCAACUGGAUCUUCUCCUCUCUGCCGGCGAAUAAGCAGAUGCUGGCACUCUCAGCAACUUACCCAGAAUCCUUAGCGCAGCAUCUGUGCAGGUACAUGAGAGAGCCGACAUUUGUGCGACUGAACGCCACUGAUCCUGGACUCCUGGGUCUGAAGCAGUUCUAUAAGCUGGUGCACUCUCAUGCCCUUCCUCAUAAGAUUUUUGAGGAAAAAGUGCAGAAUCUGCUAGAGCUGUUCAGUAAAGUUCCCUUUAAUCAGGCUCUGGUCUUCUCCAAUCUGCAUACAAGGGCGCAACACUUGGCUGAUGUGCUGUCCUCUAAAGGCCUGCCUGCAGUCUGCAUCUCAGGCAGUUUGACUCAGGAACAGAGGCUGGAGGCAAUGUCUAAGCUUAAACAGUACCAAUGUCGAGUUCUUAUCUCCACCGAUUUGACUUCACGUGGUAUAGAUGCAGAAAAAGUGAAUUUGGUGAUUAAUCUGGAUGUGCCUCAGGACUGGGAGACGUACAUGCACAGGAUUGGUCGUGCUGGACGAUUUGGAACUCUUGGGAUCGCAGUUACAUACUGUUGUCAUGGAGAAGAAGAGAACAAAAUGAUGGCCAUUGCUCAGAAGUGCAGUCUGGUUCUUAGCCCAUUACCAGAUCCCAUCCCAGCCGGGCUCAUGGAAGAGCCCUGUGAUUGGAAUGUGAUUGUUCAGCCUCCUUCAAAAAAUGACCUUGCCCUUUCCCUUGGAUCCAGUGUAGAAAAGAAGCAGCCCAAAUCGGAGCAUAGAGUUCCCAAAUCCCCCAAAGAGCCUCUGCACACACCUCUCACUAAACAGCAGCCUGAAUGUCGCAGUCCAGCUAGAUUACAAAAAUCGAGUAGUGAAAGGAACAAGGGUAAAAAUCCCGUUACUGCCCCUGACCAUUUACCCAGUGCUGAAACUUUAGAGCCUCGUCCAACUCUUACAAGGAAGGAAAUGCAGGAGGCCCUUCCCAAAAUCCCUCCCUUGCCCUCUUUUAAACCCAAAGCAGUGAGGCCCGUGUCCUUCACUGAUGCCAUGGCUGACUUUGAGAACUUUAUGACCGCUGGCCUGGGACGAUCAGUCGAGAUCAUAAGACAGUAUGGAACACAUGAUGAAAUGGACAUUUUGGAUGAUGAGCAGCAUAAAAUCACUGCUGACAGUAGUGCUGGGACAGAUGAUGCUUUUAAUAAAUCUUAUAGUAAAGGUAAAGAGCAAGUCUUAAUGGGUGGAAUUGCUCAAUCUCAGCAGCCAUUGAGGCCAGUCUCUUAUCCAGUGACCUCUAGGAGCAUGUCUGGCAGCUGCUCUUCUUCUUUAGACAGUGAGUCUGAGAUGGAGACAGAACAAAAAACAGAUGCAUCAGCAUCCAGCUCUGUGUCCAGUACCACACACCUGAACUCUGCACAGCAACACAUUGCAAAAUCAACACACACGGCCAGUAAGGCAAAGCAGCCCAUCAAGCUCAAACAGAGUCCUUCCAAAUCUCAAAUCAAGCCUCCUCAUCCUAAUAAUCACACCCUGGCUCAUCAGCCCUGUAAGUCAAGGGCAGUGUCUGAGGAAAAGAGGUCUGGGAAGACUGCCAAGGUAAAAGAAGGGAGCUGGAGGACACCAAGAAGGUCUGCGUAUGAAGAGGAAGAGGACAAUGAAUCCUCUCAGGAAGAAGGGAAUGGACAUGAACAUGACUAUUGGAGAGCAUGUCACCAAGCCUGGGAGGAAUAUUACAGCUCUUUGCGUUCUGCCAAUUUCUACCAAGCGCAUUAUAACUGGCUGGCAGCGUAUCGCAUGAAUGCUGUAUACAUGAUGGAAAUGAUGAAACACUGAUCUAAGAACAGUAGAUGUCUUGCUUUGACAGAGAUGCAAGAAUCCUGUUGUCAGAUGUAUAGCACCUGCAUUAGUUUUGAUUCUGAGGUGAUGUAAUAGUGUCAAUAAAAUGACAGAUCUA